CUCGUGCCCGGAUAUGCACAAGACCUAUAAAAACAUGAGCUUUGAAGAUUAAGAUACAGUGACAAGAAAGCAACGACAACAAGAAGAACAAGUGAAGCAGAAGGUGAGAAAUAAGAGGAAGGAGAAGGAACCCCCACCACUCAACUCUCUCUCUCUGUUCAUCAUCUGCUUUUUAUCUUUUUAUCUGUCUUCUCAGCAAGUCUCGCAGAAGCAAAGAACAUCACUCCAAAAACCAAACAGCUGUUUUUCUUAUUCAAACUUUCAAAUCCAAGAACUGAAAGGAGGAAGAAGAAGAGAUGGGGAUUCUGCAUGAGGAUGUGGUGCUCAUCAAGCAGGCGGAGAAAGAAGGGGACCCAAGUGUAAUUACAAUCAAUUGUCCGGACAAGACUGGCUUGGGUUGUGACUUGUGUCGCAUCAUUCUCUUCUUUGGUCUUAGCAUUGUCCGGGGAGAUGUAUCGACGGAUGGGAAAUGGUGCUACUUAGUGUUUUGGGUGAUAGGGAGUCCAGAGACAAGGUGGGGUUUGUUGAAGAAGAGGCUAGUGGGGACCUGCCCUUCUUGUUCUUCGGCUUCUGGGAUUUCGUUCUACCGCUCCGAAUUGCAGCCCCCAAAGCCUCCUGACGUGUUCCUUCUCAAGUUCUGUUGCUACAAUCGACGAGGACUUUUACAUGAUGUAACGGGUGUCCUCUGUGAACUUGAGCUGACGAUAAAGAAAGUUAAGGUAUCCACAACUCCAGAUGAGAAAGUGAUGGACCUGUUUUUCGUCACAGACACCAGGGAACUUAUGCAUACAAAUAAGAGAAGGGAGGAGGUAUAUGACUACUUAAAAGAAGUCAUGGGGGACGCCAUGAUAAGUUGUGAAAUUGAAACGGCUGGCCCUGAGAUUACUGCAUGUACGCAGGCGUCUUCAUUUCUUCCAACUGCAAUUACAGAAGACAUGUUUGAUUUGGAAAUGCCCAAAGAACUCCGAAGUGGAUCACUCACUUCCAAAAGAGCCAUUCUAUAA